AUGGCUGAAUACGAAGCUUGUAUCCUCGGUCUGAAAAUCGCCAUUGACAUGAAUGUCCAUGAGCUAUUGGUUAUUGGAGAUUCAGACUUAUUAAUUAAUCAGGUUCAAGGAGAUUGGGCCGUGAAAAACCCAAAGAUUACGCCAUACGUGCAUACUCCCAGAAAGCAAAAUGAGUUGGCUGAUGCUCUUGCCACCAUCGACUCAAUGAUUAAAUAUCUAGACACUAAUUAUAUUAAUCCUCUAGAUAUAGAGCUGAAAGAACAUCUGGUCCAUUGUUCACAUGUUGAAGCAGAACCAGACAAUUUGCCAUGGUAUUUUGAUGUAAAGAAGUAUUUGGAAUCUGGGAUUUAUCCUGAAGAUGCCACAUCCAACUAG